AUGCUCUCUCCCUCAUCGUCCUCGCCGCCGCAAAGGCUGCCAACGAAGCAGACUCUGCGGAACACCCUCCCGCGCUCGUCGUCGUCGCCGUACGCAUCGAGCUCGACGUCCAGCAACAACGAGCCCGACGCCCCCCGCUUCACUCGCCUCCUCGGCACCGUCCUUGGGUCGCCCUUCGUCACCACCGCAGACGUCCCAAACGCCGAGCCUGAGGGCCGGCGCAGCCCCAGCACAGACGCACGCGACGAUGUCGUCUUGGUUGACGGCGCCUUUUCUGCUGUGCCGCGGAACCUCACUGUCACCCGCCCGUCAUCGCCCGCACCGACCAUGGACUUCUCGCUCAUCAGCCGGCCGACCUCGAUGGUGCAGAUGACCAGCGACGACCACCAGAUUGAUGUCUACGGCUAUGGGCACGAGCACGACAAGAGCUGCUCUUUCUUCACCUCGCCGUCAGCCAGGAGUCGCUUCGAUCGCAUAUCACCCUCGCGCUCCGCAAAAGGCUUCCUGCCUCGCAUAUGGGAUGCACUGAGUUCCCCGGGGAAGAAGGGGAAAGGAAAAGCGGCGUAUACUGUCACUACCUUCGACUACAGCGACCUGCCGCCACUGGAUGGUGAGGAAGGGGAGCUCAUUGACGAGGCGUGCUAUAUAGACGCGCUGGCUGUGACUGGUAUAGACAUCCUCUCCCGCCUCCCGCCCGAGAUCGCGCUGUACCUCCUCCUCUUCCUCGACCUCCCCUCGAUCCUUGCGUGCCUUAGCGUCUCGCACACCUGGCGCACGCUCGCGACGGACAACGGCGUGUGGAAGGAGCUGUUCUACCAGAAGGCCGGCUGGCAGAUCGACCUCGACCGUGCUUGGGUGCGCGGGUGGGACGGGCAGCGCUUUGUUUGUCGCGCGAGCCCCGGCUCCGUUGCCAUCUCGAGGUCGAGCAGUAAUGUCACAGGCGGGUGGGUGUCCAGAACACCAAGCUUUGGCGGAGAGAGUAGAGUGAGUGCGGGAGAGGGAAGGGGGAGGCGGAGGGCGACGGCGCUGCUGAGUGUGCCGGCGAUUGCGUCUGCGCCGAGCUGGAGCGGGGCGACGCUCACGCCGGGGAGUCUGGCGCCAUUGUCGUUGGAUUGGAGAGCGCUGUACAGGGCGCGGCUGGAGCUGGAGAAGAAGUGGACGAGCGGGGAGCCGCGGGUGACGCGGAUAUCGGGGCACACGGACAGUGUGUACUGUCUGGAAUUCGACUCGUCACGGAUUAUCACAGGCUCACGCGACCGUUCGAUCAAGGUGUGGUCGCUGCGCACGGGGAAGCUGCUGGGCACGUUCCGCGGGCACGCCGGGAGCGUGCUCUGCCUCAAGUUCGACAAGGACUGGGACGUCGGGGCGCUCUCGGACGAGGAGGAAAAGGCGGGGAUGCGCAAGGGGUUCAUGGUCAGCGGGAGCAGCGACUGCUCGGUGUGCGUGUGGGAUUUGUGGUCAAGCGCGGGCGCGGGUGUAGGGAAGCGGGCGAGUGCCGCGUCUGGCCUGGCCCAUGGCGAGGUGAGGGCGGAGGUCAAGGCGGUGUUGAGGGGACAUACGGGGGGCGUGUUGGAUCUGAGGAUUGAUGGCGAGUGGAUUGUGAGCUGUUCGAAGGAUGCUCUGAUCCGCGUGUGGAAUCGGGAGACACUGUCGUUGCACACUACGUUCCGCGGACAUGAAGGGCCUGUGAACGCCGUUGGGCUGCAGGCGGGGAAGGUCGUCAGCGCCAGUGGAGAUGGGAAGAUGAUGCUCUGGGAUAUUCUCUCCGGGGAACGCCUCCGGACCUUCGAGGGCCACGAUCGGGGUCUCGCGUGUAUCGAGUUCAAGGACGACUUGAUCGUCUCCGGCUCGAACGACUGCAAAAUCAAGGUGUGGUCCGCGACGACGGGCGAGUGCCUGCGCACGCUCGUCGGCCACGACCUGCUCGUACGCGCUCUCUCGUUCGACCCCCAGAGCGGUCGCCUCGUCAGCGCGAGCUACGACCGCACCGUGAAGGUGUGGGACUUGCGCACGGGGCGGAUGCUGCGCGAGUUUAGGAACAGCCAUGUCAGCCAUAUAUUCGACGUCAAGUUUGAUGUGAGCAGGAUCGUGAGCACGUCGCAUGACCAGAAGAUUGUGGUCCUUGACUUUGGGCAAGACAUCGACACAGCGCUAUUCGUGUAGGACGGAGCUUGCAUACAUGACAGCAUACAAGCAGCAUCAUGGACCUUUCAGCCACUAUGGACGAUUUUUGGGCGUUUACCGCUUUCUGCACACCCCUUCACCCUCACGCAGCCAGUGCAAAUCCGCUCAUUUCUUGCAUCGUCUUUGUCAUAUAGUGACUUGUAGUUGCAUUUACAUUAUGUUGCAUUAAUACUCAGAUACCAACAAGGAUCUUGGACUAGCACACAUGUAUUUAUCACUGUAAAAUUGUCUAUUCGACCUAUACAUACCCUUUGAAGC